AUGUGUCCACGAAGUAAACUUUUCCGCGGCUACAUUGACCUUGAGCUGCAAUUACGUGAAUUCGAUCGGUGCAGGAUAUUAUACGGCAAAUUUCUGGAAUUCGCUCCGGAAAAUAGCAGUACGUGGAUUAAGUUCGCGGAAAUGGAGACAAUUUUAGGUGAUGUUGAGCGCGCCCGCGCAAUUCUUGCUCUGGCCGUGAAGCAACCUGCCUUGGAUAUGCCGGAAGUUAUCCUCAGUGCAGUUGCUAAUUUCUCCAUGAUUGCCAUGGCCGUAGCUUUAUCUUCGAUGCUUAAAUUACUUCUGAUCCUGGCGUUCAUUUUUAGAUGUAUUGCAUUCUUCACUUACAGUGUUAUGACAUGUUCUUAUUUAGAGAGCUUGCAGGUUUUAUGGAAAGCCUUCAUUGAUUUCGAAAUUGGUCAAGAAGAAUAUCACCGGGCACGUCAGCUUUACGAAAGCCUUCUGGACCGAACCAAUCACGUCAAGGUUUGGAUAAGCUUAGCAGAAUUUGAAAUGAAAAUGCGUAAUGUACAAGCGGCGCGCGAAGUAUACGAACGAGCAAAUAGGACAUUAACGAACAAGGAGAAGGAAGCAAAAGUGCUGCUGUUGGAGUCGUGGAUGCAGUUUGAAACCAAGCACGGCGAUGAAAAAUCCGUGGCUGCUGUUACGCGUUUAAUGCCAAAGAAAGUGAAGAAGCGUCGUGAAAUCCUGAACGAGGAUGGCGUAGACGCUGGCUGGGAAGAAUAUUUUGAUUACGUUUUUCCUGAUGAUCAAGGUAAUUAG